UCUCCUCUCCCCCUCCCUCGCUGUGAAGAUGGCGCUCUCCAGGGUGUGCUGGGCUCGGGCUGCUCUGUGGGGUUCAGCGGUCACUCUCGGACCUCAUGUCACCCGGAAGCUGCAACUUGUUCGCUGUGGCCUGGCCUGGGGGGCCCCUCGGUCUUCAAAGCUUCACCUUUCACCAAAGGCAGAUGUGAAGAGCUUGAUUUCUUAUGUGGUGGCCAAGACUAAAGUGAUUAACGGGAAAUAUCAUCGUUUCUUGGGUCGUCAUUUCCCCCGCUUCUAUGUCCUGUACACAGUCUUCAUGAAAGGAUUGCAGAUGUUAUGGGCUGAUGCCAAAAAGGCUAGAAGAAUAAAGGCAAAUAUGUGGAAGCACAAUAUAAAGUUUCAUCAACUUCCAUACCGGGAGAUGGAGCAUUUGAGACAGUUCCGUCGAGACGUCACCAAGUGUCUUUUCCUAGGUAUUAUUUCCAUUCCACCCUUUGCCAACUACCUGGUCUUCUUGCUAAUGUACCUGUUUCCUAGGCAGCUACUGAUCCAACAUUUCUGGACCCCAAAGCAACAGAUUGAUUUCUUAGAUAUCUAUCACGCUCGCCGGAAGCAGUCACACCCAGAAAUCCUUUGUCAUUUAGAAAAGGUUAUCCCUCUCGUUUCUGAUGCGGGACUCCGGUGGCAUUUGACAGAACUAUGCACCAAGAUACAGCAUGGUACCCACCCAGCAAUACAUGAUAUCCUGGCUCUGAGAGAGUGUUUCUCUAACCAUCCUCUGGGCAUGAAGCAACUCCAUGCUUUGCAAAUGAAAGCCUUGAGUCGAGCCAUGCUUCUCACGCCUUAUCUGCCUCCUUUCUUGUUGAGACACCGUUUAAAGACUCACACCACUGUGAUUCACCAACUGGACAAAGCUUUGGCAAAGCUGGGGAUUAGCCAGCUGACUCCUCAGGAGGUGAAAUCGGCUUGUUAUCUUCGUGGCCUGAAUUCAACCCAUAUUGCUGAAGAGAGGUGUCGAACUUGGCUAGGAGAGUGGUUACAGAUUUCCUGCAGCCUGAAAGAAGCUGAGCUGUCCCUCUUGCUGCACAACGUGGUCCUGCUCUCCAUCAACUACACGGGGACGAGGCGCUGAGCCAGCGUGGCGCGGACGGCACCGUCCUGCAGUCACACGGGGCGGCAGCGCUUCCCGAACGGCACUGGUCAGCAGGGAUCUGUGCGCGGUGGGGUGUGCGGGAGGCGGAGGACCAGGUGCCUGGGCUUCACGGCCUGGUGCCCGGGUUGGAGCUGGAACCGAAGCAUGUCCUCUUACUGGGGCAGCCCACGUGAGCUGUCUUCCCAGCUUCCUCGGAAUCAGCCCGAGCUGGCGACAGCCUCUGCCCUGGCCUUUCCUCGUGACGUGUGAAGUUCAGAGCCAAGGAAGUGGGCUCUUGCCUCAGCUGGAAACCCUGGGGCUUACCCGCUGCCACGUUCUUCACAGCUGCGUUUUUGUUACGCUUUCUGGCCGGUGGGGGGGGCGGGGCGGCACUGUUUAAAUUGGAGCAUUUACGUCUAUGCGUGUACUUCGAUGCUGCCCUCAAUCUUUUCUGUGAUGACCAAAAAUAGGUGUUUUUUUAUUUUUUUGGCCCCCUCACUGGGUUAACCACUCCCUUUCCUUUCCUAAUCCUUGAACAUUUUUUUUUUAAAGCCAGUAGUCAUUCACACAUGGGAACUUUCUAAUGAAAAGAUUAAAGGAAAUACCAAGCACUUCUUGCCCCUUCCCGUGUUUAUAGCCUUCACCCCCCUUGUCUUAUUCAUUUCUGGGCUGUGGUGCGGCCCCGAAGGAUCUUCAACUCCGCUAACUCCACUGUGCUGCAGCGGUCCGGCUGUAACGGCCGGGGGCUGCCUUCUCCGGGCCGUGGAGUAAACCUCUAAGGUACUAAUCACGCCCCGCCUGGGACCCCAGGAGAGGCCUGCAUUGUGAGUUGGGUUUAGCUGUUGUCUGUGUACAUCAUUGACCUGUAGUGACUUACUGUACAUGCAUGAAGCACUGUUUUAAAGCCAAGUAAAGAUUGCCUGAAACCA